AUAAACUAAAAUUAAUGUAAACUAAAAUUUUAGGCUAACAUUAUGUUUGAAUAAACUGAACAAUUUUUAUUAAUUCUAUGACAGUGAUACUAUAAUAAAAAACUAAAGUUAAUGCAGUAUAGCAAAUUAUAUUCAUAUUGUUAAUUAAUAACAAAAUCUAUUUGGCUUUUUAAUUAAUAAUAAUUUUUUAUUUUAGAAUUUCAAAUUCAAUUUUCAUUAAAUUAAUAAAAAUAACUUAUUAUUGUUGUUUAAAGAUAAUUACAUAAAUAUUACAUACAUGUUAUAAUUUUUCUAUCUUGUUUUCUCUCCUCUCUGUAAAUGUUAUCAAUAUAUUAUAUAUUAAGAUAUAUAUUUCCAUUUUUCUUACUUUUUUCUCUUAUCCGUUAUCUUAAACUCGCAUUUCAAUUUCACAGAAUUCUUAAAUAUACAUUAUAUGUAAGUAUAAAAAAUUUUAUAGAUUAUUUUUAUAAGCAAAAUAAAUUGUUCUCUCUCCUUUUUCUUUGUUACUAAAUUUUAAAUUGAUGCCAAAGAUUUGUCGUCUUUUAUCAAGUUUUAUUUUAAAAAAGAAUGUUAUUGCUUUUUUUUUAAAGAAAAAUAAUUUCUGUAUGAGUACAUUUCAUUUUCUCUCCCUCUGCCUCUUUUAAUUUUACUUAAAUAAAUGACGAAAUGUUUGCAAUCAAUAUAUACAUUACUUUGCAAUAUUAACGAAUUAAUAAAUUAGAAACGCGCAAUUGUAAAUGCUUUAAUCAUCGGCCUUGCAGCACACAGCUGUCAAGUGCCCAUUUCCUAUUUCAUUUCAGAUGCAAAGUAUCUUCCACUUAUAACACUGCACUUUACUCUAGAAGCGUGCCACGCGUUUCAGUCAAAAGAAGUCACUUCCGACGGAAUUUAUCGUCAAUACGUUCGACUAUGAGUGACAAAGUCAACUGAGGAUUUUAUGCGAUAUCCAUAGUGCACUGAUAAGAGAGAUAACGAAACGUACAUCGCAUGUAUUUCGCUCACAAAAUUAUCAGUUACAUACCGAUUCUAAAGGAAUACUCAUCAUGGUUCGUGAUCGUAUGCCCGAUUUGCGUGCCAGUCGAAGUAACAGCAGUACCUUUGGCAAAGGGUUCUUGCAAGAAGUACACCUUCAAAUAGCCCAAAAUAAAAAGCUGAAGGAAUUGCUCGACGAAGUCGAGGAAAUACGCAUAUUGAUCCAGCUUAUAGACAAAAACGUUUCUAUUGUAAAAGACUUGCACAAUAAUAUUCUAUCGCACACAAAUAAGGACAUACAAAAAGAAUUGGAGACACGCACGAGUACGAUCUCGCAGACGGCUUUUCGCGUACAGCAAAAGUUACGAGACUUAAGAAAAGAUAUUACAGCCAUUGAUGAUUUGAGUAUAGCUAUAGCACAGAAUGGAUCUAUAUAUACAAGAAUUAAAAUAUUGCAAUAUACAACUAUGAUGCAAAUAUUUUCUGAGAUUAUGGAAGAUUAUAAAUCAUCAUUAUUAAAAUAUCAUGAUAAGUGUCUCUUGCUUUUGCAGCAGCAGCGUUCGUUAAUAAGACGGCAAAUUACAAGCGAGGAAUUGGAUCAUAUGCUGGAUGCCCAAGAAAAUAGCUUAUUUGUUGACAAUAUUUUAGAAGACAGCAAAAUUGCAAGACAGCAAUUAUCAGAUAUAAAGAGUAGACAUAAUGAUGUUCUAAAAUUGGAAAAGUCUCUCAUAGAAGUCAAGGAAAUGUUUGGAGAAAUUGCAUUUUUAGUGGAAAAACAAGGGGAACAAAUCACUAACAUAGAAUAUUUUGCUAAUAAAACGACAGAUAAUAUCGACGGUGGACGUAUUCAAUUAAAAAAGACAGAAAAAAGAAGUCACCGAUAUAGAAAGCGGAAGAUCAAGAUUACUAUUAUUGUAAGUCUGAUAAUAAUAAUUUUUCUUUUAUUCAUCAUUAUGUCAUUUUAAAAUACAAAAUAUUUCAGAUAUUUUAACUAAUAUUUUUAACUUUAGUGUAAAUUAUGUGAAUAAAAACAUAUUUUGUGCAUAAUAUGCA